AAUUUGUUUAAUUGCAAUGGAUGAAGAAGCCGAAGAGGCCUUGGACGGAGGGAAACAUGCACCGGAGCCUAUAUUUCUUUGUAAAUGUUUAUUAAGUGAUAACACCAUCCCGCCAGUAAUACCUCCUCGUAAACUAAGAAUUCUUAAUUCCGUCGAAUACGCAGAAAAUUACUUACGAGAACGGCGAAUCCCAGAAUUGAUGCGUUUUCUACUUACGAAAGUACUAUCCGAUGGCUCUAACGAUCCUAUAUCUUACCUCAAGGAAUUGUUAGAUCACUGCAUGCUAUUUCGUGCAGGACACGGGGCAGCCCCAGUUUUAUAUGAAGACAGGCAUUUGGAAGCGGUGAUUAAAAGUUUUGAUCCAGGGCGCCGCGGUUGGUUAAGCUCAGGACAAGUUGGACGUCUUUAUGCGACUCUGGGAUUAACUCUAGAAGAAUAUACUCAUGAAAAAAUCUCAACUGAUAUUAUUUUUAAAGACAUCAAAAGAACCCAAGAAUCAGAACUGUUGUGCUUGCUUUCUGCUGGAAUUCCAAAUGUGGCCUCUUAUCAGCCUCAUCAUGAGUCAGUGGCAGACCGCCUCGUGCUCUUCAUGGUCGACGGCUUGAGAGCAGAGUCGUUUGUUAACUACACUACCAUGCCAUAUUUGAGAUCAAUUGCUAAUAACUAUGGCAGAUGGGGCAUAUCCAGCACUCAAGUCCCCACGGAGUCCCGGCCUGGCCAUGUAGCAGUUAUUGCAGGCUUCUAUGAAGACCCUUCUGCUAUAAUGAAGGGCUGGAAAGAAAAUCCUGUGGAUUUUGAUUCAGUGUUCAACCAAACUGCAUAUACCUGGUGUUGGGGCACUUAUGAUAUUGUAGACAUCUUUACAAAAGGAACAGUAGACAAUCAUAUAUUUGUCCAUAAGUUUGACCCUUAUGAUAAUACAUUUAGCACUGAUCAAAAUACAACACUUUUAGACUCAUGGGUAUUUGAAAAUGUCAGAAGUUUCUUCUACAGAGCAAAGAGUGAUGAUGCAGUGCAAGAAAAGAUGAGGAGUAAAAAAAUAAUCUACUUUUUGCAUUUACUUGGGACAGAUACAUCAGGACAUACACAUAAACCUAAAACACAGAACUUUUUAACAACCGUGAGAAAUGUAGACCAGGGUAUCAAGGAUGUGGAAAAGAUUGUCAGAGACUUUUACAAUGAUGAUGGGAAAACUACUUUCCUAAUGACAUCUGAUCAUGGCAUGACAGAUUGGGGUUCUCAUGGCUCAGGUGAUGAUCACGAAACACAGACUCCAUUUGUGAUGUGGGGCGCUGGAGUGCAACAAGCUAACAAGGGACCUGAGGACCCAUACACCAAGGGCAUGUCAUUCAAUCAUAGGUUUGACAUAAAACAGGCAGACUUGACACCACUCAUGUCUACUAUACUCUCAAUACCUGUGCCCGUCAAUUCUAUUGGCAAAUUGCCAGUGGAUUUGCUAAACAUGACAUUAACAAACAGAGCAAAAGCUGUCUACAGUCACAGCAGGCAGUUAGCUUCCCAGUAUAAUAGGAAGAAGCUAGAAGUGGAAACAAACGCCAUAUCGUUGCUUUACAAACCAUUUGAGCCAUUUAGCACUAAGAAGUAUGAAGAAAUUAUAGAAUUUACUGAGAAACUAUUAUUGAGUGAAGAACACGAGAAGCUUAUACGCUUUAGUGAAGAAAUUACACAUUUGAGCCUUGCAGGACUGACAUAUUACCAGAACUAUUAUCAACGCCCAUUGUUAAUACUAGUCACCAUGUCAUUUAUAGGCUGGAUUUUGUAUUUGCUUAAAGUAUUAUUAGAGCAAAAAGUUAAUUCUCAAGUGGAGCCUGUUAAUUUAAAGAGAUUUAGUAUUUUGGGCUCGCAUUUAUUUUCAAAUAUGGUAUUUUUACUACUGUGUUUUUUAUCGUUUUAUGUUGUAUUUGUACAAAAAUUACCAAUUCAGUAUUACAUUCACUUUAUAAUGCCUAUUUUCUUAUGGUGGAACGCCAUACCGUCACUGGAUGUGUGGUCAAAAGCAAAUCGAUUAUUCAGAAGAAGCCAAAAAAUGGAUGGAGUAUGGAUCAAAGUGCUGUGCUAUAGCUUAGGCUCAAUGGCAAUGGGUUUGUCAUUCACCUAUCGAUGGAUGUUGAGUAUCCCACUUAUGGGCAUGGGCUUGUGGCCAUUUUUCUCAUCCAUUCGAAACUGCUUGACUACACCGAUUCUGAUAAUGUGGCCAGCUAGCUGUGCUAUGCUUAGUUUCUUUUCAUUCGUACCUGUAGUUGGGAAAGAUGUACUAAUAGAAUUAGUUAUCGUCGCUGGAUUGCUUUGGCUCGUCGUAAUGACUAUUUACAUACUGAGAGUCUUACUACCUCUUUACAACAGACGUGAAGAGAAUCGGACUGAAGUCGUGUUGGCUGUGAUACAAAUAGCGUUGCUGAUUUUCUCGUUACAUAACAUAUAUGUACAGUCGAGGAGAUUUGACCAGGGCACGCCGGUGUCUUACUUUUACCAACUAAUGUCGUGGGUGACUGCAGUCGUUUCUCUUGUGCUCCCGAUGGCCAGUUCCAAGAGAUUAGUAUGCCGCCUAAUGACCAUAAACACAUCGAUACUUAUAUUUUAUCUCCUGCUUUCCGUGGCACAUGAAGGGCUGUUUCUAGUCACGCUAAAUUUCAACGUCAUGUGUUGGGUUUUGAUUGAAUUCAGACUUCUUCACCUCGGACGCGUCAGGAUAAUUGACUGCACAUUUGACAAAUCAUCUGUUGAAGAAGACAAAACGAAAAGAAGUCUCACAUCCAUUGAAAGAAGUAUAAGUAGUGAUGAUUUUAGAAGGGCGUUCUUUUUCCUAGCGUAUGUAAUUUUAGCGUUUUUCGGAACUGGAAAUAUAGCGUCACUCAACUCAUUCGAAAUUCGAUGGGUUACGUGUUUCAUAACGUCCUUCCAGCCAUUUAUAAUUACUGGAUUGAUCCUACUGAAGACGUUGACGCCUUUCCUGAGUGUCGCGUGCUGUUUUAGAGGCGUACAGUAUUUGACAGAGGCACCAACAGGGUACUUACAUAUAAUAGUACUCAUAUACUCAAACAUAAUGGGUAUUCAGUUGCUGUACUAUGUUAGAAACACUGGAAGUUGGUUGGAGAUCGGCACUUCAAUAUCACAAUUUGUUAUAGUUCAAGUUAUUACUUUAUUUAUAGUUUUAAUUAAUCAAAUGGCAAAAGUCAUGACUGAUUUUAAUGUCUUUAAUGUUGUUAAUAAGUUGUUUAAAAGUAGAAAAAAGUAUGUUUAA